AUGGAUCUUCCUGAGGGUCAGCCAGAUGAGCAGAUGUCGUCAUCAUUGUCUCUGUCGUUCAUAAAAUCAGGGCUAAAGCCCUCUCUUGAUCCUUGGCGGAUGGAGGCAGCCGCCGCCCUCAUCCUCGGUGAUGGGGCCAUCUUUGACCGCUCCGCGUCUGCCCGGGGCCCACCGGGUUCGUUCUACGGUGGUGCCGUCGGUGGAGGGAGCAGGAGGAAGCAACCGGGGCUGCCGAGGAGCUCCAGCACACGGCCGAGGGCGGCCGGUGAUCCUCCCCUCCCCCCUAAUCACCUCCUCAAUCAGGAUAUAUCGAUUGAGGGUUUGGAGACCAACCAUUUUGUACUAGUUCAUGGAGGUGGUUUCGGGGCUUGGUGUUGGUACAAAACUAUAUCGUUACUGAAAGAUGGCGGAUUCAGAGUCAAUGCUAUAGAUCUCACAGGUUCAGGUGUUCAUGCUUUUGAUUCUAACAACAUAACAAGUCUCUCUCAGUAUGUGGAGCCUGUCACUAACUUUCUCAAAAACCUCGGCGAUAAAGACAAGGUGAUUUUGGUAGGGCAUGAUUUUGGUGGCGCUUGCAUAUCUCAUGCCAUGGAAGAGUUCCCAUCUAAGAUCGCCAAAGCUGUUUUUGUUUCUGCUGCCACGCCAAUGAAUGGCCAGAGCAUUCUUGAUAUGUUUACAAACCAGGUAGGUGGAGAUGAUCUGAUGCGCCGAGCACAGAUUUUUCAAUAUGCAAAUGGAAAAGAUCAACCCCCAACUUCUAUUGAUCUUGAUAAGUCCUUGUUGGAUGAUUUGCUAUUUAAUCAAAGUCCUGGCAAGGACGUGGCAUUAGCAUCGGUAUCCAUGCGAUCAAUCCCCUUCGCCCCCGUACUGGAAAAACUCUCCCUCUCCCCCAAAAACUAUGGAUCAGUGCGGAGAUUCUACGUAGAAACCACAGACGACAACGCCAUCCCCCUCCCUCUUCAGCAAAGCAUGCACACUUCCAAUCCCCCGGAACGUGUUUUCCAAAUAAAGGGCUCAGAUCACUCGCCGUUCUUCUCCAAGCCUCAAGCUCUCCACCGACACCUUGUCGAGAUCUCAAAGAUCCCUGCACUGGGCUGAGCUCGCGAAAAAGUAGUCGCUGCCUAAGUGUAUAUAUGUACAUGUGCACCGAGAGAUUUGGUAUGAUAUUUGUUGUUGUUACUGUUGUCCUCAUGAUUAGGGAAGUGUUUGAUGGAUAUUCUGUGCAUUGACUGUGCAAUGUAUGAAGAAAUCUCUACCGUAUUGAUUGCAAUUCCUUCAUUGUUUCGAAGCUUUCGGCAUAUCAAUGAAUUAAUGUU